GCUCAGUGAGCCCGGCUCCCAGCAGCCGUCACGGCUGCCCCCGCUGGACUACAGUCCGGCCCGGGUCCCGCAGCUUCUCUCCCCAGGGAACGUCGUGUGGGUAAAUGCCUGAUUCCACUCUCUUGGUUCCUUUCCCCGGCUCCAGAGGCCACACACCCCAGGCGUAGAGCCCCAGCUGCAGCGUCAGUGUCGCGGCUCUCAAGCCCACUGCCGACUCUGGGGUGGCCUGGAGGUAGGUGAAGGGCAUGGUGUGAGUAGUGCUGCUCUUUUGUUCCAAGCCCGCCGGCCUCUCCCUCGAGCCCGAGGGAGCUCUCCAGAUGAUGCUGGGAGAGUGACCGGCGCCUCAAGCCUGCCUGUGCUGGAGGAGGUGCAGAGCCGGCACCGCUGCCCUGGCGGGGUAGAGGUGAAGAAGAGAAUCCCCUCCAGAUGCUGGGCGGCGCCGUCCUUUUCUCGAGUCAUAUCAGUCCUGGAGGCCGUCUCUGCUGGUGCCCUGGACGUCUUACCCUUCAUGCGGUGGCUGCAUCGUAGUCAUGGGAGCCUCAGGGCCUGAGUAGCAUGCCUCUCUGUGUUCCCGGGAGUGUUACGUGGAGGCCCGUUUGAACUCGGGCAAUUUGUCUGUAGAGCUCAUGCUCUUAAUCAGGCCGCAGUGCCCUCUCUGGAGCACAUCUUUCUCCUGAGCUCCAGUCCCAGUGAAUGACAGGACUUGGUCCUGUCCACGGAGAUGCUGACUGCUGACCAGAAGGGGACUCGGAGCCUGGAUUUCUGGGCGUGGGAAUCUGCAGAAGGCAGUGUCCGAAGCCUUCCCAGUGAUGGAGCUCACAGGCCCCACGUCUGGGAGGGGCCCUGACCCCAGACUUGGGAGGCUUUUAGGGAACCUGGAUGCACAGAGCCUGCGGAGCUGCACCUCGCAGGAAGGGGGUUUCCAGCAGGUGACAGUCACCCACUGGAAGAUCCAAACGACAGAGGCAGCACAGGCUGGGAGUAAGUCUGAGGGGAGCCCACUCCUGAGCCCAGACCUCCUCCUGCUUCAGAGAGAGUUGAUCGAGGGGGAGGCCCCCCAGCACGAGGCCUGCCGCAGCUUCCCAUUCAACCCGGGCCUGGCCAGACAUCAGGCUUCUUGUGCUGGGGAGAAAGCUCACGGGUGUGACGAGUGCGGGAAGGGCUUCAGCCAGAACUCCCACCUGGCUGAGCAUCGGCACAUUCAUGGCAGGGAGAGGCUAUACGUGUGUAACGCGUGUGGCAAGGACUUCGUUCUCUACACGGAUCUCAUGGAGCAUCAGAAAGUACACACGGGAGAAAGGCCCUUCAAGUGCGCUCAGUGUGGGAAGGCAUUCUGUCACAGCUCAGACCUGAUCCGCCACCAGCGGGUCCACACCCGCGAGAGGCCCUUUGAGUGCAAGGAGUGCGGAAAGGGUUUCAGCCAGAGCUCACUGCUCAUUCGGCACCAGAGGAUCCACACGGGGGAGCGGCCAUACGAGUGCAAUGAGUGCGGCAAGGCCUUCAUCCGGAGCUCCAGCCUCAUCCGGCACUUCCAGGUCCACACGGAGGUGAGGCAGUACGAGUGCCAGGACUGUGGCAAGGCCUUUCGCCACCGCUCAGACCUCAUCGAGCACCAGAGGAUCCACACUGGGGAGCGGCCCUUCGAGUGCAACGAGUGUGGCAAGGCCUUUAUCCGGAGCUCGAAGCUCAUCCAGCACCAGCGCAUCCACACUGGGGAGCGGCCAUACGUCUGCAACGAGUGCGGGAAGCGCUUCAGCCAGACGUCCAACUUCACGCAGCACCAGAGGAUCCACACCGGGGAGAAGCUCUAUGAGUGCAAUGAGUGUGGGAAGGCCUUCUUCCUGAGUUCCUACCUUAUUCGACACCAGAAGAUUCAUACCGGGGAGAGGGUGUACGAGUGCAAGGAGUGUGGGAAAGCCUUUCUCCAGAAAGCACACCUCACCGAGCACCAGAAGAUCCACUCUGGGGACAGGCCCUUCGAAUGCAAGGACUGUGGGAAAGCCUUUAUUCAGAGCUCCAAGCUCCUUCUGCACCAGAUUAUUCACACUGGAGAGAAACCCUACGUGUGUAGUUACUGUGGGAAAGGCUUCAUUCAGAGGUCAAACUUCCUUCAGCACCAGAAGAUCCACACUGAGGAGAAACUCUAUGAGUGUAGUCAGUAUGGGAAAGAGCUCACCCCACCCCCAGACUUUAAAAGCAGUCAGGAGGCCCCCCAGGAGGGUCUUCCCUUGAGUCAGACAGCUGUACACUUGGGGGACACGUAUGGAGGCCCGGAGGGGCACACAGACUUCUAAUUAUCCUCCGGCUCACUUAGUGAUGCUGGAAACAAGUGGCAGGGGCCCUGAUUUGUGAGGUUUUGGAGGAGUCAGCAUUUUCCAGGGUCAUGGAUGGGCGGGGCUGCCCUCUCACUUGGCUGCAGUGGGGCCUACUGUCCUCCAUUGGGAGCACAUGCUUGCAGGAGAGCCACACGAUUGGACAGCUGGCAUGGAGCUGGAUCAGUUAUGGGAGAGCUGUGGGUGUAGGAGGGAGGAGCUUGGCCUCGGAGAAAAAGAUUUUAUUCCACUGCACAGUAACAAUUCACCCUUGAGUUAAAUCCCUUUUAAAGCAGAGUUAUGUAUCUAAUUUUAUAACUUCAAAAGAGUGUUCCUCAGCCAUUUUUGAUCUGUCAGAAAGGCAAGCUGGAGAAAGAUACUUUGUUACCUAAAACCACAACUUGAUUCCCUGUGGUCCUUAGGAGAAAUUCUGAACUCCCCACCGUGCAUCCAAAGGCUUCCUGGAGCCUCAUCUGCUCCUUGUUCACUCCUGGUCACAGAGGUAGCACCAACUGCUGGAUGUGCCCCCUCAUCCAGGUACUCCUGCCUCCCAGCCGACGCUCAAGUGCCCCCUCUCAUCUGGCUGAUGACCCAUCACGAGUCAAGACCCAUCCCAAGCUUCGUGUUGGGUUCAGUCCACUACGCCUCUGCUGCUUCUGAUCCUCAGUUGCCAUUCACCUCUUGUUACUGUGCUUGCUCUGAUUGUUCUGUGUGCUCUCUCAUUGUUAAGGACCGUGAGUGUAUCUCACUGAUUUGUGUGUCCCUGGUAUCUGGAGCAGAGCAAUAAAAAGCACAGCCCAGUCUGUGUGCACUUGGCACCUCUCUUGCUUUGUCCUAUCUACACUGUUAUUUAAAACAUUAAAAAAAAAAUUUUUUUUUU